CCCGCGCGGGCGGCUGGCUCUUCCUCUUCCGGCCUUGGCCGCGAGUGCCUGACGGGCCUGAGGCAGAACCAAGAUGGCGGCGGUGGCGGAUUCCUGGGACUCCUUCGAGACGACGGCGGCGGAGGCGGAGGAGGACGGGCGGCACCAGGCCCGGCUGCCCACGCCCUCCGUGGCGGCGGCGGGAGACCGGUGGGCCGGGGAGGACGAGGACGAGGACGUCAAGGAUAACUGGGAUGACGAGGAGGAGGAAGAGGAGAAGGAAAAGGAGGAGGUGAAGACAGAACCCAAAGUGUCAGACAAGAAGAAAAUAGCAGAAAAAAUUAAAGAGAGGGAAAAACAGCAGAAGAAAAAGCAAGAGGAGAUUAAAAAAAGGCUAGAGGCAUCGGAAGAAUCGACAGAACUUACACCAGAAGAACAGCUAGCAGAUAAACUACGGCUUCAGAAGUUGCAAGAAGAGGCAGAUCUGGAGCUAGCAAAAGAAACCUUUGGUGUAAAUAGCACAUGUGGAAUAGAUGCCAUGAAUCCCUCUUCGAAAGAUGACUUUACGGAAUUUGGCAAACUAUUAAAAGAAAAAAUAACACAGUACGAGAAAUCCCUAUAUUACCCUGGUUUUUUGGAAACGCUAGUUCGAGAUAUAUGCAUUUCGUUGGAAGUCGAUGACUUGAAAAAGGUCACAAAUUCCUUGACUGUGCUAUGCAGCGAGAAGCAAAAACAAGAAAAGCAAAACAAGGCCAAGAAGAAGAAGAAAGGGGUGGUGCCGGGCGGAGGCCUGAAGGCCACCAUGAAGGACGACCUGGCGGACUACGGAGGCUACGACGGCGGCUAUGUCCAGGACUUUGAAGACUUCAUGUGACGUUUCUCCUCCUCCUCUCUGUUGUCCUUCUGUUGCCCAUAAUCCCUCAAAAUGUGUAGCACAACUUCUUUCCUUUUAAAUUCUGCCAAAUGCUACAAUCGGGGAAAAAGAAAGUGCAGUAUCUUUGUGCUCUGGGUCUCCACCUUGUCAGCGUUCGGCCUCUCGAUGCAAGGGGAGGGGGGCAAAAUUAUGCAGCUCAGUUAUUUGUUCGAUCAUAGGAAUUAACAGAUAAUGUGUGGCUUCAGAGCAGAAGCAGCAGCAAAUUGGGAAAUUAGUUUCGACAAGGCCAGAAUGGCGCUUGUUUAGUCGUAACCGCCUUAAACUGUACCUCUCUCCCACAGACAGCGACAGCCGUUUGCAGCGAGGCGUGCAUUUAGGUUUCUUUCUUAAAGGCUUUAAUCUCUAUUUCAUUAUUGCUUGAGGUUUGGAAAGCUGCCAGAGGAGGGGAAGAGGGUGCACUUGGGCCCCUCCGUUUCCAUGCAGGAAAAAUAGCAAGGGAAACAUUAAAUGGGGGGCGAUCCUCCGCUGGCACCUGACCAGUUUGGUUUCCUUUUCUGGCUCUUUGCCACCGCCAUUGCGUUUGGGCGGAGGCUCUAGUUGACCUCUCACAAGACUUUUUUGGCUGUUUUGGGUUUAUUUUUUUAUUUCUCAUUUACAGGAAUCCUGCUUAGCGAGCUGCAACAGUUGGACAAAAUUGUUAUGUUAACAAUUAUGACAUCUGCAAAUGUUUUAUAAGAGCAACUAAUUUAAUAAAAUCUCUAUUGUGAGGACUGAG